CAGCUUCGUAUCGUGUUAAGUUUCAGUGUUUUGUGUUAGGUUUUCUGUCUAAAUGGACAGCCAUAAAUGCACCUAAGAAGGAAAUAAAUCCACGAAUAUACUUUAAUCAUCAAAACGUUUCAAUGUGCUCAUUAGUAAGCUCAAAUAAAGAAUAUAUUGAAUGUCAUAAAUCUUUAAAGCAUAGAAAACAAAUCUCUGAUCAUGUAGUAUCAGAAUGGUCAGACAAUGAAGAAAUGCAUUUAAAUUGUUGUGAACAGAGCAAAAAACAGAACUGCCUGUAUUAUAUACAUAAAUUAUUGAUCUUUCUGGAAAUAUUAACAGUGAGCAUCACAUUUUUUAGUCCUUUUUUAAUGCUAACCUUACCAAACAUUCAUUCAUCAUGGUGGUUUUCACUGCUUUCAUCCCCAGUUUCGUCAUCAAGCCCAUCAACAUCACCAAUCAGAUUUAUACACACACGCAGUAAAAUAAGUUCAAACCGUGAUGUUCCCCAUAAAAUGGAUAAAAAAAAUGAAGUGUACUAUGAAGUGAAAAUCAUCGAAAUGUGUACAAAGCUCUUAUUAUUUUCUUUGUGUUCGAGUUAUGUAUAUUCAACACGUUUUAAGGAACUAUUAUUUUGCAUACAUAAUAAAGAACCCUUCAUAUCAUAUUCACGUCUUAUUGGAUAUAAACGGUACAAGCAAUCAGAAAUGACGAGAUCUAUAUCUUCUUCAGUUCAUUUAGGUUGGCCCCAAAGCAAGACAAAACAAAGUUUGGCUUACAACUUUUUUAUUGAUUCAAUAACUGUCAUUGUAACAUUUUCAUUUUGGCUGAUAUUUUUAUCACACUGGAAAUCAGAUGAAAUGAUUAUGACUUCUCCUAAUAAUAGUAACGAAAAUUCAAAUUACAAAUUAAAAGCAUGCAAUCAUCUUCAACAUUCAAUACAGCUAACAAAUCCUUUUGGUCAUCGUGACCCCAAUGAAUUAAAUGUAUGUGAUAAAGCAAAAAAGUUGUACAUUGAGCAGAAGUUAAACCAGCUUAAAAUAAUCGCUUUAGACUUAUCUAUUGAUUUCGUAAAUAUACAUUUGUUCGUACAGUUAACUGCUGUAUUUCUCAUAAACUUUAAAACAAUUUUAGAUUGGUUAUCAUGUAAGUAUAAUGUGCAUGUUGUCCGUGCUCAAGAUGGAUUUUCACGUAAUUACAAAAUUGGUUCAGUCAAUUUGAAAUCCAUUGCUAAUUACAUUGUGCAAAAUGCAUUGGUUGAUUUUCAGCCUUAUGAUCCAUUAGUCAUUCGUCAAAAACGACACUCCAGAUAUAAUCAAUCGAUAUAUUCAGACUCUAUUCGAAAUACAACAAACAGCAAAUUACAACAUCAGGCAAAAAGUGAAUAUGAAGAAAUGAAAGUACUCAAAUUGAAACCAACAACUUCAACACAAACUAAAACUAAUUGUCAUCCUACACAAUUCAUUAAAGCAUUACAUCAUAAUAAUAAUACUAAUAAUAAUAACCCAUUACGUUUUCGAUAUAACAGUAAUAGUACUGUUGCUGCUACUGCGAUUUCUGGUCAUACAGAUAAUUCAACUAAUAGAACAGAUUUCAAUGACACUGAAUCAAAUGUUGACAAUGAAUGUACCGAAGAGAAUCCACGAAAAUCUUGUGAAACAUUUGAUUUUUUAAAAAUGCCUGAUAUUUAUGAAUUAAAUGUUCAAGCGGCUAAAAGACUUAAAAGUCAAAUAAAUUGUUUAAAAUAUAAACGAAAAUGUCAAAUACGAUUAAUUGCAUUGAUUAAUGAUUUAUUCAAUUCUGUCUAUGCUAAAUCCGAUUCAACAAUGAAUGCUCUAGAAUCUUCAUCAGAAAAUCAGUUACAAAAGUCAAGUGAAUAUAUAUUUCAAAAAUUAUUUGGACCAAUAAGUAAAUAUUUACGUCUUACUAAACAACAUACUUAUCAUACUAGAAGUAUGAUAUUAAAUCGGCUUAGAAUAUAUUUACAAUACAAUAUGUCAGCUGAAUCAUUUCUCAGCAUCUAUUUCAAUCCACCAAAUGAACUAUUUUACUUACAAUGCUAUGAUCAUCAAUAUGAUAAUAAAAUUAUUAAUUCUAGAAAUAAUAAUAAUAAUAAUAAUCAACAUCAUAAACAUAAAACAUGUCAAAAGGAUACAAAUAUUUUGAAAUUUUGGAAAACAUCUUCAACAGAAAAGAGUAUAAAUAAUACAUUGAAACAAUCAGCCAAAAGUACAAAUAUUAAAAAUGAGUUUAAUUCAAAUAUAAAAGUAUUUCAAACAUGGAAAUUAAGAUUAUGUGAUCCAUUGAUUAAUUCUUCAGUGUAUGAUGGUUUUCGAUUUGAAUUGGUUCGUUCAAAUGUGAAAUUAUUUUGUGUUGUCAAACAAUUUACAACACUUCAAUUGAUUAAAGCUAAUCUACCAGUUUGGUGGUCAGGUAUUACAUAUGAACGUAAUAAUAUGAUGUUACCACCGUCUACUGUUGAAACAUGCAUUGGAAGUUCAGAGAAUACAGCUGAAAUUAGGCUUUAAAUAUGUACAUUUCAUUAUUUUUUUCUUCCAAUAAAACAUUUUCGAAAUA